ACUCAGGUGUGUUGCGGUUUAGAUCUUAAGUGGGAGUGUGCGUGCGGGGGUGUUGGUAGUGUUGUCGAUUCAGUCACUUCCGUACCCAGUCGAGAUUGAGUGUACAUGUGUGGUUGGUUGGUGAGUGCUUUCAGGGAUUACUUGAGUCGGGAAUAACGUGUUUGACGAGAAAUAGCUGUGAGCAGUGACCGCAGACAGAGUGAGUCUUCCCACCGUCCCGCCCACCCUUUGACCCCCCCACGCCACAGCGACAAUGGUACCCGCCCUGGGCCUGGUCUCGCUGGCCUGGGCCGUGUCGUGCCUGGUGCUGACCAGCGACGCGGCCGUCCAGGACCUGACGCAGUGCUGCAAGUGUGACUCCCUCAUGCCCACCGACACUCCCGACGGACGCCAGCCCCAGGUCAUGCCCUCGCCCUUCAGGAUCCAGGUGCAGGAGGAGCAGUACGGUCUGGGCAGUGAGAUCCAUGUGAACCUGGUGGCCACGGAAGGACGUGCCUUCCGCUCUUUCAUCCUGGGUGCCUACCCAUACCCAUACAUCCGCGGCAAGAAGCCAGUCGGUCAGUUGACCCUUCUAGACGGCCAGGACUUUGAGGUUGGCCGUGAGUGUGACCAGACAGAAGGGCAGCCGGGAGCCCAGGCAAGCGCUUUCGCGGUGGUGAGUCGUGACGAGAAGCCAAAGACGAAACUGAUGUUUGUGUGGACUCCAAACCGCCGUCAUGGGCACAUUGAGUUCAGAGCCACUUUUAUUGAAAAUGAUGAUACCUACUGGGUGUCGGAGAAGUCUGCUAUUUUGGAAGACCCCACCCCAGGCAAUCGGCCUCUGCCCAGAUCUAGGUACACUCCCCCCAUCAUCACAAGUGAAUGCGGCACUUACAAAGGCUGUUUCCGUGAGCCGGCCGGCUGUGAGGAGGCCCAGUGUCUGUACAUCCUGACCUGGAGAUCUACCCCGGAGAACACGGUCUUUGAGCUGGGAGGCCUGGCCGAUGGUGCUGCUGACCGCUACGUGGCCGUGGGGCUGUCAGAUGACACGUACAUGGGAGGUGACACUGUGUUUACUUGUGCCCACAACUCUGCCACCGAGUCCACAGAAGUUUAUCUUUCCUACAACCAGGAUGACCCCAAGAAAAACGUUCCAGUUCCGAAAUAUGAAGAGGAUGCACCAAGCUAUUCAUCCCGUAGAAGCAAGUACGGCUUCUUGUUGGAAGAAAAAGGUUCUUACGAGAAUGCUCGUCUGCGCUGUAAGUUCACGGUGAGGCGAGACCUGGACCAGUACUACGACGAGCUCAAGUCUCUACGUGGAGGACCCCAGCAUCUGCUUUUUGCCCAUGGCUUUGCUAAGAAAGGUAGUCCCAGCCGACACGGACUCAGUGUUGAGGAGUUGCCUUUGGCUAGUGCUAGCCGAGUUGACAUUGCUUCCACUGGCGACUACAACGACCGCGCCAGGUACUCACUGGCUAAGGCUCACGGUUGCUUGAUGAUCUUGGCCUGGGUGCUGUUCGCCUCCAUCGGUUUGUUGCUGACCAAGUACUACAAGCCCAUGUGGCCCAACCAGAGGAUGUUUGAGCACAAGUAUUGGUUCUUGGGUCACUUCAACUGUAUGGCCAUGGUGUUUAUCAUCACUAUUAUCGCCAUCAUCCUCAUCUUCGUGGAGGCAGGAGGCUACAGCGAGGCUCCUGACCUGCCACAGAAGGCCCACCCUAUCCUGGGUAUUAUCAUCUUGGUGUGCAUCAUCAUCAACCCAGUCCUUGCCCUGAUCCGCCCCUCUGAAGACAGCUCCUGCAGACCCGUCUUCAACUGGUUCCACUGGGCAUUUGGGACCAUUGCUAAUGUGUUGGCCAUUCCUCAAAUCUUCAUCGGCAUGGACUUCGGCAAGGUGAUGGUGCCAUGGUGGGCCACAUGGAUCCUGGUCAUCUGGGUCAUCUUCCACAUCGUCGUCGAGCUGAGUCUGGAGAUUCAUCAGUGCUGCACCUACAAGAAGAACAAAGAGCGCAGAAAGAAGUGGGAGCAGCUGAAGAGAGAGUACCCCAAGCAGCACCACCCUGAGCCCGAGCCAGCUGGUCGCCGGUUCAAGCGCUUCAUGCUCUUCCUGCACGUGGGCUUCACCGUCCUGAUCACGCUGAUCAUGAUUAUCAUCAUCGCCGUCUCUUAAGUCACUCGGACUUCGCUAGUCCUUCCAGGUCCCUAGAAGAGGAUCUGAUGAGUUAAUUUUUCACUGAAUUCAAAAUUGACUGAAGAUUUAUUUUUUUUUGCUUCCAGUGUUUGAAUAACCACCCUUUUUUGAUCUGGGGAUUUAUUAUACUUGUCAAUUUUCCAGCCUAGAAAGCACAAAAAGUUGAGGAAAGUUUUUGUUUUACUUUUUGUCUUGUUGUAAUUACUUAUGUUGUCUAAUUUAAGAGGAAGUAACAAAACUAUAUUGAAUUAAGUUGUAGAAAACAUGAUCCUAUGUCUGAGGACAUUUUCAUUUUACGUAGUGUGAACUAAUUACCCUGUAGCUCGAAAAAGAUGGAGCAUUUUUUUUUUUACCAGAUUGAGAUUAACUAUUCUGAAUGAAGUCAUUGUCAUCAUUGCAACCAAAGUUGAGGAGUUAGAUUUAUUUUUGUUCCUAUCCAUAAAAAUUCAAUGUACACUCUUUUGCGCUGUAGCAAAGUAUACCUCUGUCAUGUGUUUGUGUGCUUUUUCUUUUCGUUUCACAGUCAUCAAGAGUAAGAGGCUGAUAGUCAUCAGCGCAUUAGUUUUAAAAAGCAAAAUGUAAUUGCUGUGGUUUCACAAUUUUGACAGAUGUUUGACAGAAAGUAACGAAACUCGUUCUAUAAGAGUGAUGUAUUUAAGACAGGCAAUGCACUUGAGCAUUAAGGAUACAUAUAUUAUAUUGCAGUGGCAUCGGGUGAUGAACAUUAAUUGAGGUGGGGGGUAUAAAGAUCAUUGUUGCAAUAAAUUAAAAUGUUUGAGCAUUUCCUUCAUUUUGUUUGAAAUGCCUGAAUUAACAGGGUGGAUGUUUUCAAAUAAUAAUAACGCCCUGUUUUCUAUUCUAUGCAAAUUUCUCCACCCUUGCUAUUGUAGGCAAACGUUUAGUCUAACAGAGUAGGGUGUCAUUGACCGUGGACAUGAAUAUUCCAUUUCCAUUUGCAUAUAUUUUGCAUGUGAGUUUCUCAAAUAUAUUGGAAAGCUUGCUUAUUUGUCUCUGCUGAAUAUUUGGUGAUGUAAGACUCUGUAUGGUAUCACAAUCAAAUAAUAUUCCUUCUAGCUGCUCGGUUACAUGGGUCAAUAAACUGUACAUAUAGCUGAUUUAUUACUGUAAUUACUUUUCCUUUUUUUUUAUAUAUAUUUUUUUUUUUUUUUAAUCAUUGAUGGCGUGCGUGGGUUCACUGUUAGGUCUGUAAUACAGCUUUUCUGACAAUGAUAAUGAUGAAUGAGUCAAUGCAGUGAAAGGUCCCUUUGCGUAGUUUAUGUAACAAAUUUUUAACUUUUCUCACAAGGGCAUUUCAUUCUGUCUGCAAGAUUUUUUGUUUUUAUAGUAGAGGACAGAAGAGAUUAUUGAUAUUUUCAGAUGAAAUUUAAAUUUUUAUGGAAAAUGUUUGGCUUUAUUGUUUCAUUUCUUUUUCCCUCACCGAGAACAAAAAAAUGGGAAUCAAAGUUUCAGAAUUUUGAGGGGUUUUUUACAUUUCUUUUCAGAUUUCACUUUCAAUAUUUGUUGAAAGAAUAAAUGAAAAGGCUAAAAUUGUAGCCCUAUUUUAAAAGUUUUAUGGAGGGGACUGGUAUGAUGAUAUUUCAAAUACUUCAACGACUUGUGUAUAUACAGUAAAUUUUGUGUGUAGUAUGUCAUGCUGUGGUUUUGAAGUGGUCAGUAUGUUGUUGUGUGCAAGGCUUUGUGGGUCUGGUGGCUGCACCUCACAGUCACAGGUUGUUUCUCUUUUUCCAUCUUCAUCAUGUCUUUUUAUAGCAUCUAUUUAUUCUCGAGUUUGUAAAUUUCUGAGAAAACGGUUUGUGUGUGGGUUUUCAUACAUCUGUACCCCUUCCCAUGAUCUUUUGUAUUGUAGCAGCUCUCUAUUUUUCGUGUAUCAGAAGAUGAAUUUCUAUUGAAGAUGAAUUUCUAUUGAUAAAUUCAAUGAGGAAGAUACUAUCUGCGAGAGAAUUUUAAUAAAACAUCUGUCAGGGACCGUUAAAGACUUACAGUACUCUUCAAAAGUGGCAACAGCCAUUUUGAUGUGACAAUUUAAACUACACCAGAGGUUUCUGGUUGUAUUUUUGUACGGGCAGCCGUGAGGCAAAUGCAGGUCUUGUGACUUGUUUCCUUUUAUUUUUAAAAAGACAAAUCAUCGAGUCCUUGUGCUGAGAUUUUUUUACAAUGACCUGCAUAAAUGUCAAUACCCUCCCUCACUGCAGAAAAAUGCGUACACUUUUGGGUGUUAGUAGUUCGAGAAAUCUGUACCCUUAUCAGUUGUACGAAGUGAGACUAGGACACAGGGUCCCUUUGUAGUUCGUCAGUUAUUUCACAAACUCAUUCUCAUCUAACCACUAUAUCAUUAUUCCUUUACAGACUCGCAUAUUUUCAUGUUUCCUUCAUUGGUGCACCCCCUCACGUGCACCGAUAUUCUACUGGUGCUAAGAUAAUGUUGUCUGUUGAAACUUUUGUCUCUGUCACUUGCUCUCUACUUUCCCUUCUACUUUUUUCACUUGUUCAUUUUACUGUUGAUGGAAUCUCUUUGUGAUUACAUUUUUUAUUCGGCAUAAAUUCUUGUGAAAACUAAAAACAAGGAAAUGGAUAUUAUGCAACAAUGCCUUGUCUCUGUAGUUAUUGGGUUUUUUUAAUACAGCUAUUGCUGGUUUAUAUUUUGGUUUUAAGAGAGGAAGAAAUAGAUCUGAGAGUUUGUACCUUGUUGUGUUGAUUUAUUACUGGCUUUAGACUAUUUGUAAUAUUUAUACACUCGUAUUGUUUCAAAAUAUACACUUGUAUCAAAGUAGGUUGUCAUACUUUUUGUUUUUGUUUUAACAUGUUAUUAGAUCUCUAGAAAUCUGAGGAAGUCCGUACUGUUUUAUCAGCUUCUCAAUCUUACUUAGUUUUCAUUGUUCAGAAGAAAUUUCUCAUAGCAGUGAAUCUGCUCUUUACUUAUUUCCUGAUGUUUUGGGGAGUUGCUAAUAUCCCACAUCUCGUCACCAUCUUGCUUUCCACUGAAAAAUUUCGAUAUCGCGAAUCCAAUUUUUACUUUGGGACUUCUCUUUAGAUUUUAUGACGUUCAUUUUUAUGCAAAAUAAGCAGUACUACUUUUGCGGAGAUUGUUUUAAUGAAAAUAAAGGUUUCAUUUUCGAGUCGUCAAAGUUAAUGAAACUCUAAAUACACAUACUGCAACAUAAAUGGUUGUAGAUAGAUACCCUGUGAUUUUAGGACUUUUUACUUACAGUCAAGGUUGUACGAUGCGAAAUGUAUUUGGCUGUUCCGAAAAGUUUAUUUCCUGUUCUGAAGAAUCUCUAUACUGAUGUGCCUCUUUAUUGACAUGGCCUUCUUUUUAUCUCUCUCUUCAUUUUUUUCCUCUUCUUUUUUUUUCUUAAGAAAGAAAAAUCUUGAAAUUAGAAAAAUAUUUACAUUUUUCUCAUGAUGUGCAAGUGCAUUUAUCUGCUACAGUAAAAGUUAUUUUAAAAAAUCA